AUGGAGGUUGCUUAUCGUACUAAAUUAACAGCGGUUUUGGAUGCCAUUCGAUUCUUACUCAAGCAAGGAUUACCUUUCUGUGGGCAUGAUGAGUCGAGUGAUUCAUUGAGUAGAGGCAACUUCAUUGAGUUACUCCAAAGGGAUUGUGACCAUAAUGAAGAGAUUGCAAAUGUGCUAAAUAUUAAUGCUCUAGGAAAUAAUCAUAUGACUUUUGAAAAAAUUCAAAAAGAAUUAGUGCAUGCUUGUGCCGAAGAAGUGAGAACUACCAUUAUUAAGGACAUUGGAGAUCGCGUUUUCUCACUCAUGGUUGACGAAUCCCGGGAUAACUCGGUGAAAGUACAUAUGGCGAUUAUGGUGAGAUAUGUUGAUGAUCAUGGAGAGAUUCUCAAGAGGUUUCUUUCAGUUGAGCAUGUAGCAGAUACUUCAUCGCAUACUUUAAAGGAAGCUAUUGACAAUUGUUUUUGCAAAGUAUGUUCAUUGUUUUGCUCACCAGCUUCAAUUGGCGGUUUUGCCGUUGCAAAAAUAUUACCGAUUGUGGAGAAUUCAUUUAGUUAUUUAUCCAUGAUUGUGAACACGGUUGGAGCUUCCUAUAAAGAAAAAGAUGCGCUCAGACUAAGCCAACAUGAUCUUAUGGUCACACGAUUAGAAAAGGGUGAAAUCUCUUCGGGAAGAGGGUUGCAUCAAGAGACAAGUCUUGCAAGACCUGGAGACACAAGAUGGGGUUCUCAUUAUCAGACGAUACUUUGUAUAUUGGCGAUGUGGCCUUCAGUAAUGGAAGUGAUUGGGAAUGUUCAUGAUGAUGCAACUGAUUCAAAGAAAAAGGGUGCAGCUUUGGGUUUGCUUGACCGAAUGGAAGAUUUUGAAUUCGUAUUCACCUUGCAUUUGAUGAAAAAAGUCUUGGCAGUUACAAAUGGAUUGUCACAAGUUUUGCAAGAGAAAAAUCAAUAUAUUGUGAACGCUUUUGACAUGGUACGUGCUGUAAAGGUCAAGUUUCAAUCAUAUAGGGAGGAUGGAUGGAAUGAAUCUUUUUGA